CACAGCUCCAUUUGUGACUCAUGUGGGAGUUCCCAGAGUAGACUCGGCGAUGGAAGGGAGUCGCUUUUUGCUCAAGCGGAAUGAAGGUCUCUGAAGCUGUGGACAGUGAGUAGCAGAGGAGCAUGGCGGCAGCGUUCCUGGACGACCGGGACGCUCACUCCAUUCUGAAGCGUUUCCCUCGAGCCAACGCGUUUCUGGAGGAGCUGCGACAGGGAAACUUGGAGCGCGAGUGUGUAGAGGAGAGCUGCAGCUUUGAGGAGGCCAAUGAGGUUUUUGAAAACAAGGAGAAGACUAUGGAGUUCUGGAAGACGCGCAGCCUGUACACGGUGAGUAGUGGGGAGCGCUCUGAACGCGCGGACACAGUCUACAUGGUCAUCCCUCUGCUGGGAGUGGCUCUCCUCAUCAUCAUCGGCCUGUUUCUGCUCUGGAGGUGUCAGCUCCAGAAGGCCACGCGACGCCGCCCCGCCUACCCCCACAACCGCUACCUGUCGUCGGGUCGCUCCUCCCGCAGCCUCCCCAGGAUCCUGGUGCACCGCGACCACCUGCACGAGACUGAAUCUACCCUACCAACACGAGGCAGUAAUUCCAGUGGUGUUGUAAUAGCUCAAACUACAAACAACAGCCAUAGGACUUCGUUCAGCCAAUCAAGUCGGCUGUACGUUCAGGAUGCAUCCGUUUCUGUGGCGUCGCGUUUGUCCGGAGCCACGCCUCCUCCGUCGUAUGAGGAAGUGACUGGACAUGUAGAGAGCAGCGGGGACGAAAACUCAGCACCGUCUUACAACGACCCUCCUCCGAAAUAUGAAGAAAUCAUCAAGGAAAAGUGAAACUAAACCCAGAUUUGGAUGCUUUGGAAACAGUGUGGAUUUCUCAGUUGACGCUUGGAUGUCUUUUGGGACUCACCACCAAAAUAUGGGAGAAGUCAAGUUUUGGUGAGGAUUGAGGACUGAAACAUGCUUUUACUGUGUUUGUUUUUGCCACACAGUACUUGGUGAAGCUGUGCUAGUUAUCGCUGAUGUAGUGGUGAUUUUGGAUUCAACAACGAACCUCCAAAAACACAAGAAUAUUGUCAAGGAACAGUGACAGUGACGCGAUACACAAUUCUAGCUUAGGCGUUAUACAGGUGUUGGUGAGCUUUUGAAAAUGUGUGCUUUGAACUGCCUCUUAAAACAAUGCCAAAACUCAAAACAGGAUUAUCAAGAAACAGUAAAGCUAUAGCAGCAUUUAGUUGCUGUCUGAAUGUGUGUGUUGAAACUCUAGCUGUUAUCGUAACAAGUUGCUGUUUACAAUGAGGUCACAUGACAACUUGUUGGCCAAAAAUCAGGAAGAUUGGAUUUGAACGGCAAGCUCCAAAAUGGCUUCUUGAUGGAUUUGUGUAACGUACAUACAUACAAAUGAGAAAGAAUAGGAGCCUUCACAUCACCUUAAUGCAGACGAUAUAUAGGUGACACAACUUUUUAAAUGGGACUGAAAACUACAAGUCAUCUGUAACCAAAGUCUUCAAACCAAUAAUUGUAAAGGAUUGUUUGGAUAAUGGAAGAAAAUACCCAGAAUAAUGCAUCCA